UCCGGUGGUGGCGAGGCGGCCCCUGGAGAACCCAGAAGAACACAGCUCUGAGCGCCUAGAGUCCCUGGGGGCGGGAGACGAUGCGUCGGAAGGAGGGGGCGGGACCUGCACCUCAGGAAAGCCGGAGGAUUGGGUCAGGAAGCCGGGCUUCCGUAACUCGCAAAGGGCGGGGCCUGCCGGAGGUGGAGGAAUAAGUGAAAUAGGGAAGGUUGUUGCAGACGACCCUGAGGGUGAGGCCUUAAGGGGCGUGGUCCUUGUCUGGGCGGGAUUUUUGGGCGGGGACUAGGUCGGUUCUGAGUGGGCGGGGCCAUUGGGGGCGGCGCCUACUGUGGAAAUGCCGGCCCGUGGGAUUCUGCCCCGGCGCUUGGGGCAUCGUACUCUAGCCUCCGCCCCUGCAAUGUGGGCCUCCAUUCCGUGCCCUCGCUCUGAGCUGCGCCUGGACCUGGUUCUGCCUUCUGGACAGUCCUUCCGGUGGAGGGAGCAAAGCCCUGCACACUGGAGUGGUGUACUAGCGGAUCAAGUAUGGACACUAACUCAGACUGAGGAGCAGCUCCACUGCACCGUGUAUCGAGGAGACCAGAGCCGGGCUGGCAGGCCCACACCAGAUGAGCUGGAGGCCGUAUGCAAGUACUUCCAGUUAGAUGUCACCCUGGCUCAACUGUAUCACCACUGGGGUUCUGUGGACUCCCACUUCCAAGAGGUGGCUCAGAAAUUCCAAGGUGUGCGACUGCUGCGACAAGACCCCAUCGAGUGCCUUUUCUCUUUUAUCUGUUCCUCCAACAACAACAUCGCCCGCAUCACGGGUAUGGUGGAGCGGCUGUGCCAGGCCUUUGGACCUCAGCUCAUCCAGCUUGAUGAUGUCACCUACCAUGGCUUCCCCAGCCUGCAGGCCCUGGCUGGGCCAGAUGUGGAGGCUCAUCUCAGGAAGCUGGGCCUGGGCUACCGUGCCCGCUAUGUGAGUGCCAGUGCCCGAGCCAUCCUGGAAGAACAGGGUGGGCUAGCCUGGCUGCAGCAGCUACGAGAGGCCUCCUAUGAGGAGGCCCACAAGGCCCUCUGCACCCUGCCUGGAGUGGGCACCAAGGUGGCUGACUGCAUCUGCCUGAUGGCCCUAGACAAGCCCCAGGCUGUGCCUGUGGAUGUCCACAUGUGGCAGAUUGCCCAACGUGACUACAGCUGGCACCCUACCAUGUCCCAGGCAAAGGGCCCAAGCCCCCAGACCAACAAGGAACUGGGAAACUUUUUCCGGAGCCUGUGGGGACCUUAUGCUGGCUGGGCACAAGCACAGAUGGAGUCUCCUGUGUUAUCUAGGCUGGAGUGCAGUGGCUCUGCAACCUCGAACUGCUGGGCUCAAGUGAUCUCUUCUGUCAAGUAGCUGAUACCAGCAGGCUCACCACUGUGCUCAGAUGAUACAUGACUUUUUUUUUUUUUUUUUGAGACAGGGUCUCACUCUGUCAACUAGGCUGGAGUGCAGUGGCACAAUCACAGCUCACUAAAACCUUUACCUCCUGGGCUCAGGUGAUGCUCCCACCUCAGCCCCCUGAGUAGCUGGGUCUACAGGCACGUACAACCAUGCCUAGCUAAUUUUUGUAUUUUUUGGUAGAGACAGGGUUUCAUCAUGUUGCCCAGGUCAGUGUCGAAUUCCUGGGCUCAAACAAUCCUCCUGCCUUGACCUCCCAAAGUGCUGGGAUUACAGGUGUGAGCCACUGCACCCAGCCUGAUAUAUGCCUCUUAAGAGUUUUCUGGCCAGGCGGUGGCUCACACCUGUAAUCAUAGCACUUUGGGAAGCCAAGGCAGGAGGAUCACUUGAGGUCAGGAGCUCCAGACCAGCCUGGCCAACAUGAUGAAACCCUGUCUCUACUAAAAAUACAGAAAAAUUAGUUGGGCGUAGUGAUGGGCACCUGUAAUCCCAGCUACUCAGGAGACUGAGGCAGGAGAGGUGCCUGAACCCGGGAGGUGGAGGUUGCAGUGAGCCCAGAUCACGCCACUAAACUCCAACCUAGGUGACAGAGUGAGAUUCUGUCUCAAAAAAAAGGGGGCUUGAGGUUCUGUGUUUACACAUUUAUCAGCCUCCCCCACCAGACAUAAGCUCCCUGAAUCCAGAGGCUUUGUCUUGAUGGCCAGUGUUCCUCUAGCACCUGGUACAGGGUAGGUGCUAGAUUUAAUGUAACCUCUCUGAGCCUCAGUUUCUUUACCUAUAAAAUAAAGCCAAUGAUAGUACUUCCCUCAAAAUGUUGGGGUGAGGAUCAUGUGAGAUAAUGCAGGUAAGGUGCUUGGCAGUGCCUGGCACAGAGUAAAUAUUCAUAAGUGAAUAAAUAAUGGUAAUUGAUCUUUUUUUUUUUUUUUUCUGGAGAUGGAGUUUUGCUCUUGUUGCCCAGGCUAGAGUGCAAUGAAUGGUGCAAUCUUGGCUCACUGCAACCUCUUCUGCCUUCUGGAUUCAAAUGAUUCUCCUGCCUCAGCCUCAUGAGUAGUUGGGAUUACAGGCAUGUGCCACCAUGCCUGGCAUUUUGUAUUUUUAGUGGAGAUGGGGUUUCUCCAAGCUGGUCAGGCAGUAAUUGAUCUUGAUGAUGAGGAAGGCUCAGCUGUGCCACAGAUUUGUCAUGUGACUGUGUACAAGUCCCUUGUCCUCUCUGGGUCUCAUUAGAAAUGCUCUGUCCAGGGACUGGGAGUGGUGGCUCAUGCCUGUAAUCCCAGCACUUUGGGAGGCCAAGGUGGGUGAAUUACCUGAAGUCAGGAGUUCGAGACCAGCCUGGCCAACAGCGAAACCCCACCUCUACUAAAAAUAUGAAAAUUAGCCAGGCAUGGUGGCAGGUGCCUGUAUUCCAGCUACUAUUGAGGCCGAGGCAGGAGAAUUGCUUGAACCUUAGAGGCAGAGGUUGCAGUAAACCAAGAUUGUGCCACUGCGCUCCAGCCAGGGCGACAGAGUGAGACUCCAACUCAAAAAAAAGGUCUGCCCAGGGUGGUUGGAAGUUCAGGGGAGAGAUGGGAAAUGAUUCUCUGUAAGUUUUCCAGUGAGGACAGGAGGUUUCAUAUCAGUAUGAGCAAUUCAUAGACCAGUUUGCUGUGGAUUUAGUCAGGGGGUCAGCAGACAGGCAUUUUUAAACUUGCUGAGUGGCUUUAAUAUGUGAGGGGAACUUGAGUAGGUCCAGAGACAAAACCAACUGAGAUAUGUGGGUUCAACCCAUGUUCAGGAUGGAUCUUUACACCUGAUUGUACAGUUAAACCCCGGUUACUAAGCACUGGCAUCUCCAUCACAUCUGUCAUGUUAGCUGUGUGCCAGGUCCUUGAAAUAAAGGACCUCUGAUAUUCCCGACAACCCUGCCAAGUGGAAAUUGUGAUCCCCAUUUUAUAAAUGAGCAAUUUGAGGCUUAGAGAGUUUAAAUGACUUUUUCAAAGCAGGGAAGGAGGAGGAUGGGAGGGCCAAGGCAGGGUCAACUUGGGGCAGGGAAAGGCUGUGGCCCACGCACUUGUGCAGGACAGCAAUCUCAUUCUCCAUGCUGCCUUCCUUGCCCUCCAGGGCCUU